AUGAUUCUGACUGAAACGCAUUUGUAUGGUUUUUCUUCAAAAAAACUUUUUACUAACACUUAGAACGCUCCAAAUCUUCUAUAUAUUGAGAUAUUGACUAGUAGUUUGCGAGCGAGUAAAUAGAUAGUUCAUUAACUUGUGCGUAAAAAAUCCGUUAUCACCAUUCGACAGCUUCUCAGAGAAACUUCAUAUUUUUCACAAUGAAAUUGAAGAUGGGAAAUAGUUUUAAUGCUUGGAGCCGGUAGCUUCGGCCAGGUCUACAAAGUGAGGAAGGUUGUGCAGAAUAAGCCGCAACCAGAGGUAAGAACCCAAAACUUCGUCUAAAACUUGGUACUCAGAUGUAUGCGAUGAAAACAGAGAAUAAAAAAGGAGAUCCAAGCGGCAUGCGGCUCAAAAUUGAAGUUGGAAGCGAAAUUAAUAUCCCAGGAACUUUUUUUCAGGUUCACGUCAUGGAAAAAUGUCAUACGCUUCCAGAAUCGAGACGGAAACAUUUUGUUAAACUGUUCGAGAGAGGUUCAACCGAACAUUUCAAGGCUAGUUAUUUUUAUUGCGGCGAUAUGACGAGAUUAUUAUAGUGGAUUGUGAUGAACUUGGUGGGUCCUUCGCUCGACACGGUCCGACAGAUUUUGAAGAAGAAUUUCUCAGUGUCCACUGCCAUGCAGUGUGGCUUGCAGACGCUCGAAGUAGCCGGCCACGGUAUUUCUCAAUGUCAGAAAUUCAGGCUUUGUCGGACCUCCACUCGAUCGGAUUUUUGCACCGCGACAUCAAACCAGCCAACUUCUGCAUUGGUAGUGACGAAACGGAAGAAAUCGUCUUCAUGUUAGACUUUGGCAUUGCAAGACGGUAUCUCAAUGAAGAUGGCACUCUCAGGGUUACGCUUGAAUUUGAUUUUUGUUCUGAAAUGAGCUUUUAGGCGUCCCGAACACAUGGUAAGUUCAAGGGAACUCCACGGUUCUGUUCCAGAGCGGCGCAUCUUCUUCUGGAACUGGGGAGGAAAGACGACGUCGAGAGCUGGCUUUUCAUGGUUUGUUUUUGUUGAACACUAUUGUCAAAUUCCGUACAGUUUCAGCUUUUCGAUUUUUAUGACAAUAUUCAAGGUCUUCCAUGGAAAGGAAAACAAAAAGAAAUAGUUUUUGACCUCAAAAAACAAGUGUUCACGCCACUCUAUUCUAGUAAGGGAAGUUGCAGAUUGAUUUAAAAAAUGAGUUUAUUUAGCUAGCGAGUUACAUUCAACACAAAUACCGAAACAAAUGAGAAACAUUGUGACAUACAUAAACAAUCUCAAGUUCGAGUGCGAGCCGGACUACAAGUCGAUGAAAAAAGAAACUUGGCUAUUGAUUUUUCUCUAGGUACAUUAAAAACGUAAUAUCGAUGGCAGCGACCGAAAUGCGAGUUGAUUUGAAUGCUAAACUUGACUGGAAAGGUCAAGCUGAAACUUUGAACCAUGUCAAAAAAACAGAAGAGGUAUCUUCUGCCUACACAGUUUUUUUUUCAUGCAAUGAUACUUUUUUUGGCUGGCAAGACUGGGUCGGAGGCUAUUUCGGAAGUACAUACGGAAAACUCCAACUUAUGUCGGCCGAACACAGCGACGAUAGAACGGAGGUUCCAGUCAUGAUGAAUUGAAGAAGUUUAUGCGGAAGAUUCAGAGUCCUGGCGUCUACAUCGGUCAGAAUGAAGCUUGCAGAAUCCACUCCUCGACAAUAACUUGA